AUAAGAGUGGGCCCGUGCAAAAGGUGGCAGCGCUUCCCAUUGAUUUUCCUGUAUACCAAUUGACUCUCCUACAUACAAAAAUACAAAGCGUCCAACAAACUCCCCAGUUUCAGAGAUGAUCGGAGAAGGGAAGGUGGUCUGUGUCACAGGUGCAUCCGGAUUCAUAGCUUCAUGGCUCGUCAAGUUCUUGCUUCAACGUGGCUACACUGUUCAUGCUACUGUCCGAUCCCUCGAUGAUCCUAAAAAGACACAACACCUACUUGCUUUUGAUGGAGCUAAGGAAAGGCUUUCUUUAUUUGAAGCUAACUUGCUUGAAGAAGGAUCUUUCGAAUCUGCUGUUAAUGGUUGUCAAUGUGUCUUCCAUACAGCGUCUCCUAUUAUGUUUCCAGUUUCUGGCCAACAGGCACAAGUGCUUGAUCCUGCCUUGAAGGGGACACUUAAUGUCCUUAAAUCAGCAGCAAAAGUUCCAUCUCUCAAAAGAGUGGUGUUGACAUCUUCCAUAGCUGCAGUUGUGUGCGGUGUAAAACCUCUCGAGUCUGGUGUUGUGGUGGAUGAAACCUGGUUUUCAGAUCCGGAAAUUUGUGAACAACAAGAGUUAUGGUAUCCCCUUUCCAAGACACUGGCUGAGAAUGCUGCAGUAGAAUUUUCUAAAAAUAACGGUCUCGAGUUGGUGGUUAUAAAUCCCGGGUUUGUCAUCGGCCCUAUUUUACAACAAACUCUCAACAUCAGUUCUGAGGGAUUUAUUGGUUUAAUUGAAACUGGAAAGGAAAUAUUCCCGGAUGGAAUUUAUGCACUUGUUGAUGUGAGAGAUGUUGCUGAAGCUCAUAUUUUAGCAUUUGAGAACCCUGAAGCAAAUGGAAGAUACUUAAUAGUUGCAGAUGUAUAUCACUCUUCAGAUAUCAUGAAGAUCAUAAACCAAAACUAUCCUGCUCUUGUUUCUUCUGAAAGAUUUAAAGACAUCAAGUAUGUUGGGACACCACCUUUCGUUGUAUCGAGAACAAAGGCAGAAAGUUUAGGUGUUAAGUUUACUACAGUUGAGGAAAGCAUCAAGGACACUGUUGAAAGCCUAAAAGAGAAGAAGUUCUUAAGCUUCUAAAACACAAGAUGAUGUUCAUGGAUUUGUUGAAAUAAUCAUAUGAACAAUGUAUUGUAUUAUACUGUUUUCAACUCUGUUAUAAACGAAAUACAAUGAUCCUGUUACACAAAUUAUCAAAAAAAAAAAAAAAAAAAA